AUGUAUACAUGCACUGACGAAUACUGGCCUGACCACGCCGAUCAUCCACAAGUGCAGUAUUUCCGAAACCUGCAGCAUGGGAUAGGUCAAAGAAUGACAGCAGAGUUAUGGGAUGAGGUGGCGAAAAUCAAAGGAGGCAAGAAGGUUCGUGGCGCUCUCAAACUUUAUGAUAACGGACAGGCAGAACCAAAUACGCCACCUUUGAUGAGCCUCAAACGUUCAUAUCACGCUGAUCACUUGUUCGAAUUCUUGCAGUACGCUAUGGUUCUUGACUGGAAUGUAAGACCAACGGUUGAAGAACUCCUCAAUCACGAUUUCUUCAAGAAAAACUAG